AUGCUUACGCUGACGACACAGUGCCUAGCUUCGGGCGCGCCUGCUGAUUUGAGUACUGGCGUGAAUGGUGCCUCUGCCACCCACCCACCUCACUUUGACCAGCCUGAUGUCGCUAAUCCUGCAUUCUCUGCCACCAAUGGAGCCUUACCGGCGCCGGCCCACCAGGAACCUGUUCAUUCACCAACAUACACCGCUCCAACGAAACGCUUCACGGCAGUCAAUGUGAAUCGCAAAUUUCUCGAGAAAACUAACUCCACGACAUCAUCUUCCACUGCCCAAAGCAAUAAACCCAAUGCAUUGGGGCCGACCCCUCGAAUAUCUACUCCGCCGCAGCCUCCGACACACUCUAAACUUGUCACCGCGAAGCUCACUUCCGCUGGCCAUUCAUCACAAGUCGCUACGGGUUGGAACAAGGCUUCCGGACUUGCAGCGCCAACACCACAGUUUCCUAAUGGUGGUGCGACUAGCGAUCCAGCUACCACUCAAAUUGUGACUGCAACCUCAAAAAAUGGCUUGCUACCCCCUGGAGGAACUGCCAUCUCAUUACCGAAAUCCUCUAAGAAUGGCUCUGGUACAUCGAAAGUAUGGGGGAACGCGAGUCAAUCUACAAGAACAACGAUGUCAACUCCUGCGGCAUCAGAUUUCCCUACUGCAGCUGAGGCAUCCUCAAAUCGGAAGUCGAAACUUGCCCAUCAGCCUUCUCUAGCAGUCCAGGUUACUCACACCCCUCCUUUAGCUUCUUCAAUACAACAAGCAGAGGCCUCGGCGGAUGCAUUCCGCGGACUACAUUUGGAUCCAAACGCGCAUCAUUGGGAUGAAGUGUAUGAAGACGGAGAUGACUUUCUGGCCGAAGUGAUCGAGUUUGGGGAUGGUACUCAAUACACCAUCAAG